CACGACGUCGCGAACAAAGAGAAAAAUCCGUUGGGAUAGAGACAGAGACGGUUGAAAUGUCACUUGGAACCGAUACGGGCUCGGGCUGGCCAUCUGCAAGGGAUCAGCCGCCAUCCUCCAGCGGUAUUACGCGCAACCGGUAUGCGUGCACCGAAUGCAGGAAGUCAAAGGUCUUUCUUUAGCCUGCCCCUCUUUGCCAUAACAUAACUCCACCACGAGUUGAGCCUUCACGUCAAUGUAUAGAGAUAUCUGACGAAAGCUGCCAUCAGUUGCGAUGUGAUGCGCCGAAGAAUCCAUGCUCGCGAUGCAGCAGACUUGGGCUGAAGUGCGAGGUUACAUCAACUAAAAGGCUGAAUAAAAGCCGCAAAAUUGAAACUUUAGAGAAAGAAUUACAACAUCUGAGAUCCGUUGUGGAAUCGAAUGCGACGUCAGGACCAGCCAACAUUCCGGCGACCGGAACAACAGUUGGUAUAUCCUAUUUACAUCCGGCUUACAGCGUGGAGUUUCACCAAUCCCUACCAGUACCUAGACAGUUUCAGACAUCUACGGGUGAUUCCAGAACCAUAGAAACUGUCGAAAUAGAGGGUGCUGAAGUCGAAUAUCUAUUUCAAAAGUAUUUCGCACACUACCAUCCAUUCCUUCCAUUUCUCUCGCCAUCCAAAACCACAAAUCAGUAUUACGAUGACUCCAUCCUCCUGUUCUGGUCGAUUGUCUGCGUGGCGGCUCGCCGAUGUCGAACAGGGGAAAUUCUUUUGAGUAAGCUCACAGGGCCGGUGACAAGACUUCUCUGGGCAACCAUCUCUUCCACGCCCAUCUCACUCUUCAGCUUACAAGCUAUCAUUGUUCUUUCUGCGUGGCCCUUUCCAACGGCCAGGUUGACGACUGAUCCCUCCCAUGUCCUUACCGGGAUCGCCAUCAACUCCGCCAUGUGUCUGGGCUUAAACCGACAUGGAGCAGCAGUCAAUCUCACAGAAUCGGGGACCAUCUUCACAGAAACGGAAUGUCAAGAACGUCGCAGAACCUGGGCAGCGUGUAACAUUUUAUCUGAAACCGUGUGCUCAAGGCUUGGCCAUUCCACCCCUGCGCAAACAUUUGAUUGGGGAAUUGAUCGUGCAUGCGAAUCUGGGUCCAGCUAUAGCAACGCCCUUCACCCGAACCUUCGUCACCAUUUGACCAUUCAACGAUUUUGCAACCGUGUCAAUAAACUUAUGACAGGAAAUCGGUUAGAUCCCAAUGGAUUCCCCUCGGACGGCGAACGAUACUCGAUGAUGAAUAUGCUGGAAAAUGACUUCGGUUCUCUUGAAUUAGCUUUGGACAAUGAACUAUCAAAUAUCAAUCAGCUCCACUUGCAGGCGGUCAAACUUUAUCUGCAUCUUUUCCAUUUCUUUGAUUCCUGCCUCUCUGAAGCUCGACAGGCGGGCAUUCUCCGAGCUUAUAACAUUGCGACAAGCUUUAUUUCCACGAUGGUCGCCGCCGACACUGCUUCAGAUGUUUUGGCAUACACUCCUGUAUAUCUCAUCCAAAGCUUGAGUACUGCUGCUCAAGUCAUCUUUAAGGUCUUGAACUCCAGUUAUCAUCGUUUUGUUGAUGGUGAUGCCGGAAGUAUGAGUUUUCACACAGCCACAGUUAUCCUUCGCCGAAGCUCCUUGGAGAGCAAUGACAUAGGGGAUAGAGCAGCUAGCAGGCUCACUCAGCUAUGGCGUGCAUAUAGUAUCAUCCAGGAAAAGAAGCAGGAAGAGCCCGUCUUACAAGUGAAGAAUCGAUUGGGCGCUAGUUUGAUGUACGACUUCUUGUGGCAGUACAGAGAUCAUUGCGGUAUCCAAGCAAAUGGAGCAACAAUCGAUCGAAUUUCUAGUAGCACUACUCAUUCCUGCCCCCCGACAAUAGUGCCUGAUCCGAUGAUGAAUUGGGAGGGGCUUGAAGAUUUGGACUUGUGCUAUAACUUUUGAUCCUACGGGCCGUAAACGAUCUCAGCACCAGAAUGAUUAAAUUUGCAUCGAAGUUGAUAAUGUACAUUGGGAAUAGCUAUUUGGUCUCUACAAUCGUGC